AUGCUUGUCCGUGCCCGUAACUCUACCAAGGAUGCUUAUCCGUGCCUGUCCUUGAUAAAAUUCAAUAGAAAAGAUCAACUGAUUUUAAUUUUAAACGGUUAUCGUUAUACACAAGGUUGGGUAAGAAAUAAUAACACAUAUUGGAAAUGUGAAGAUCGUUCAUAUACUGGUCGUGCAUCACAAAAAUGUUUGGAUGAUCCAAAAGAAACACAACAACAUAGUCACAGUCCUAACCAAGGUCAAUGCAACGUUGAAGAAUUUACAACAAAUGUAAAGAAAUGCAUUAGAGAAGAACCAGAACCGGUAAGAAAAAUAUUUAGACAAGAAUUAGUUAAACUGCAAACAAAAAACCCUGAUCAAGUUCAAGUCAAUACCUAUGUUUGA